AUGGGGUGCACAGGACAGAGGAGGAACACUGGAUCCUGUGUGGAGGACGCCCAGCGGGAGAGCAGCGAAACCCCUCCAUCUGUCGAAGCAUCUCGGUGCAGCCACGCUCCGAUCUGGAUCUCUUCCCUGGCGUACAAAGAGCUGAUGUGUCCCCACCGCCUCACCCUCUCCCCCCCCCCGCAGGUGUCGGAGCACGCUGAGCUCUCCUGGAUCCUCGGCUGUCUGACCUCCAUGCCCCGCCUCCGACACCUGCCGCAGUGGAAGAUGAAGAGCAAACAGAAGAAUGAGGGCAGUGUCGGUCUCUUCACGUAUCCCGUCCUCCAGGCUGCAGACAUUCUCCUCUACAAGUCGACUCACGUGCCCGUCGGAGAGGAUCAGGUCCAACAUCUGGAGCUGGCGCAGGAUCUCGCUCGGAUCUUCAACAACCGCUACGGAGAUCUGUUCCCCGAACCCGCAGCGCUGCUCAGCUCUACACGAAAGGUCAAAUCCCUCCGCGACCCUUCAGUCAAAAUGUCCAAAUCCGACCCGCACGCCAUGGCGACCAUCAGCCUCACGGACUCCUCGGACGACAUCGCCCUCAAGCUGCGUCGCGCCGUCACCGACUUCAACUCGGAGGUGACCUUCGACCCGGAGACGCGGCCCGGCGUGUCCAACCUGGUGACGAUCCACGCUGCCAUGGCGAUGAUCGGCGUGGAGGAGGCGGUGUCUCAGGCCGCCGGGCUGGACACGGGGGCUUACAAGAGGCUGGUGACUGAGGCGGUGAUCCAGAGGGUUACACCAAUCAGAGAGGAGAUCCAGAGGCUGAGGGCGGACCCCCAACACCUGGAGGGGGUGCUGCGGGAGGGGGGCUGCCGGGCGCGAGAGUUAGCUGCACCCGUCCUGAGGGAGGUCCGGCAGAGGGUGGGCUUCUCCUGAGAGGAGCUGGGAGAAUAGAGCUGGGUUUAAACUGCAGGAUGGACUCAGAUCUGCUGCUGACAUCACGUUGUAUUCCUGUGACAAAUAUCAACACACAAUACAUGGACACCAAACAUUUAACAUAACAGCACAAUCAGUGAGAGAAAAGCUGCUCAAAGAGCCUUCAGCGUGCAUCUGAUCUGGGAUCAGCUCUGUGUUUACUGUGAGGAUUGACUGGAGCACAAAGGAUGCUUCAGUCUGACUUGAGAGCUGGGUCUAAACUGCAGGAUGGACUCAGAUCUGCUGCUGCUGACAUCAAGUUUUAUUUCUGUGACUGUUAACAUCUCCAGGAUGUUCAAGGCUGGAACUCAUGAGAGCAACAUGUGGUGGAAGCAAAGCGGAAAGGAUUCAAACGUCGUGACUUGAAACUGAUUUGCUGGUGAUAUUUUGCCCUCUAUGUUUGUCUUCUUUCUUUGUCUCAUUUAAAUGAACGAGGGGGGAACGUCGUUUAAAGCAAUGCUAAUGUUGGUCUUCUCCAUCCAAACAAGACAACAUGUCUCUUUUUGUUUCUGCACAUGUACACUUCUUUUUAAGACUCUGCUACUUAUUUAUCUAAUUGUCUUUGGAGUUUUAAAUGUAUGUGUUUUCCAGAAUACCACAUGCUAUUCUUUACAGUAUCUUGUCUUUAUGCUUCUUGAUGCUAACGGCUCUCAGCCAAUCUGCCGUGCCACUAAAAUCUAGGAAACUUUAGAACAAUAUAUUCAAAGACGUAACUUAUAUAGUCAUACAGCUCUUGAACAGUGUCCGUCAUGCACAACAGAGAGGUUAAAUAAAAACCAAUGAUAAAUGAGUGAAGGAUUGUCUCGUCUCGCUGCAUGAAACUCUUCAGGA